GAGGUUGGGGUCCCGCGGCACCUGGUGAGGAGCCAGGGCGUGCGCGCUGGUGUGCAGCCGUCCCGCGGCUGAUCGCUGGGGCCAUGGCCGCGGCCACCAGGCGCGUGUUCCAUCUCCAGCCAUGCGAAAACUCUUCUAUCAUGUCGCAGAAUGGAUACUUUGAGGAUGCAGGCUACCUCAAGUGUGACGCGGAUGAUGCCUCUGAAACCCGUGAGGAGAGCCUGGGGGAUGAGGCCUUCGACACGGUCAACUCCUCCAUUGUGUCUGGCGAGAGCAUCCGUUUCUUUGUCAACGUCAACCUCGAGGUGCAGCCCACCCAGUCCGAGGGUGAAUCGCCUGGCGGCUACGGGCUCCUACACACCUCCCGCAAGUACCUGAAGUUAAAGAACUUUGAGGAAGAGAUCCGAGCGCACCGGGACCUAGACGGCUUCUUGGCACGGGCCAGCAUCAUCCUGAAUGAGACAGCCACCUCCCUGGAUGACGUGCUACGGGCCAUGCUGUGCCGCUUAGCCCAAGACUCCCACAACACCGAGCCCGACUGCAACUUGGACCCGCUCAUGGCCAUGCUUUUCACUGAUGCCGGGGCCCCCACGGAGGGUAAAGCAGUUCACCUACUGUCAGAUACCAUCCAAGGGGUCACUGCCACAGUAACGGGGGUGCAAUACCAGCAGUCGUGGCUCUGCAUCAUCUGUACCUCCAAGGCCCUGCUGAAGCGGCAUGUGUGCAUCAGCCGCCUGGUUCGCCCGCAGAACUGGGGGGAGAAUUCCUGUGAGGUGCGGUUUGUCAUCCUGGUGCUGGCCCCACCCAAGAUGAAAAGCACCAAGACUGCGACGGAGGUGGGACGCACGUUUGCCACCAUGUUCUUAGACAUCACCUUCCGCCAGAAGCUCCUGAAGACCCGCACGGAGGAGGAAUUCAAGGAGGCCCUGGUACAUCAGAGACAGCUGCUCACCGUAAUGAGCCACUGUCCGAGCAUCAGCAUGAAGGACUACAGCAUGAGCUCCGUCUGCACCCACAGACCCCCGCAGCCCCCACGGCACAAGGAUUUUCUCCCCAUGGGGAGGGGCAUCUGGGAAGACAUCGCCCGCAGAUUCCCUGUGUACCCGCUGGACUUCACUGAUGGCAUUAUUGGGAAAAACAAAGCUGUGGGCAAAUACAUCACCACCACCCUGUUCCUCUACUUCGCCUGCCUCCUGCCCACGAUCGCUUUUGGGUCCCUCAACGAUGAGAACACGAACGGGGCCAUCGAUGUACAGAAGACCAUAGCUGGGCAGAGCAUCGGAGGCCUCUUGUACGCACUCUUCUCUGGGCAGCCGCUGGUGGUGCUGCUGACGACCGCACCCCUGGCCCUCUACAUCCACGUGAUCCGUGGCAUCUGUGAUGACUACGAUCUGGACUUCAGUACCUUCUAUGCAUGGACAGGCCUGUGGAACAGUUUCUUCCUCACGCUUUAUGCCCUCUUCAACCUCAGCCUGGUCAUGAGUCUCUUCAAGAGGUCAACGGAGGAGAUCAUUGCUUUGUUCAUUUCCAUCACAUUCGUGCUGGAUGCUGUCAAGGGCAUGGUCAAAAUCUUCCAGAAGUACUACUGUGGCCACAACCCCGGGAACUACUACGAAGAUAGGUCUUCCCCGGUGAGCCUGCUGGGCCUCAGCCCCAGCCUCAACAGCAGCCUCCACGCUGCCCUCAACACCAGCCUCCUGGCCGGCCCACCAGAGCUGUCUUCAGUGGGCAGCCAGGGCCCCGAGCCCCUGGCCCGGGACACGGCUGUGCUCAGCCUCCUCAUCAUGCUGGGGACACUCUGGCUGAGCUACACCCUCUACCAGUUCAAGAAGAGCCCCUACCUGCACCCCUACAUGCGUGAGAUCCUGUCAGACUGUGCCUUGCCCAUCUCAGUGCUUACCUUCUCCCUCAUCUCUUCCUACGGCUUCCAGGAGAUUAAGAUGGGCAAGUUCCGCUACAACCCAAGCAAGAGCCUGUUCGAGAUGGCCGAGAUGCACUCGCUAUCCCUGGUGGCCGUCAGCGGCGCCAUGGGCCUCGGCUUCCUCCUCUCCAUGCUCUUCUUCAUCGAGCAGAACCUGGUGGCUGCCUUGGCUAAUGCCCCGGAGAACAGGCUGGUAAAGGGCACUGCCUACCACUGGGACCUCCUGCUCGUCGCCAUCAUCAACACCGGGCUGUCUCUGUUUGGGCUGCCCUGGAUCCACGCUGCCUACCCCCACUCCCCGUUGCACGUGCGGGCACUAGCUUUGGUGGAGGAGCGUGUGGAGAAUGGGCACAUUUAUGAGACGAUUGUGAGUGUGAAGGAGACGCGGUUGACCACCCUGGGCGCCAGCAUCCUGGUGGGCUUCUCCCUCCUGCUGCUGCCCUUCCCGCUACAGUGGAUCCCCAAGCCUGUGCUCUAUGGCCUCUUUCUCUACAUCGCACUCACCUCCAUCGACGGCAACCAGCUGUUUGCACGCAUGGUCCUGCUGCUCAAGGACCAAACCUCGUACCCACCCACCCACUACAUCCGGAGGGUGCCCCAGAGGAAGAUCCACUACUUCACAGGCCUGCAGGUCCUGCAGCUGUUGCUGCUCUGUGCCUUUGGCAUGAGCACCCUGCCCUACAUGAAGAUGAUCUUUCCCCUCAUCAUGAUCGCCAUGAUCCCCAUCCGAUACAACCUGCUGCCCCAAAUCAUUGAAGCCAAGUACCUGGACGCCAUGGACGCUGAGCACUGAGGUCCUGGUUACCAGGCCCUGGCCACACCCCAUCCGCCCAUCCCUCUGGGUCUUCCCAGGCUGGCUCUGUGGCUGUGUGUGGGAAUCUUGGGGUGCUGCUCUGUGCUGCACCCCCUCACAGCUGUCCCAACUGGCCUAGGGUGUCUGGGCAUUGAGGGGGCUCCAAGUUGUGUGUGUCUGCUCCUCUUCCCAUUAGCCUUUUGCUUUGGGUCUGGAACUCUGCUCAGGGCAGCUUCUGCCCAGGGUGGGACUAAGCAGGAUGGAUUUUCUUUUGAUAAAAGAGCCUG